AUGCUUUACGCCUAUGAGAUAGUAGUCGAAUGCAUCUGCAGUAUGGGUCUGAUGACCAACGUUCUACUGCUAUUCGUAGUCAUGAAAUGUCCUUUAAACACAUUCGCUUUGGCAAAAUACUACUUCAUUUUGGUUUCCGUGCAGAAUUUCAUCAUGGUGACAUGCUAUUUGAUUUUAGCACCGACGGCUUGCCCUGUCAUUCUUCUGUAUGUACCACUUCUGAUAAUGUUCUUGAUGUUAUUUACUGGCUGGGAUUUAUCUCCAGCGAUGAGUUUCUGUUGUGGAAUACUCAUGUCUGCAUAUCCACUGUUCUCUCCUAUUAUCAUUAUGUUCUACAUGAAAGACUACCGUCACUACAUCCUCCAUAUAUUCGGUCUGGGAAAGCAAGCAGCAGCAGCAGCACGAACAAUGAUUGUCAUUGCCAAGGAUGGAAAAACUACCUUUACAACAUAG